AUGUCCGGAAUCGAAAUUCUCGGCGUGGCUGCUAGUGUGAUCCAAAUCGCUGACCUGGGCGCUCGUCUUUCUGUCAAGCUCUUUACAUUCUCACGCAAAAUCAAAGCCGCCGACAAAUCCAUUGACAGCAUUUCACAAGAAAUCGCAGCAACAGGCGCCGUAUUACAUCAACUCGGCAAUGAGCUGUCCAAAGAUGAAAACGCGGAGCUCUGCUCGAAGGAGGCCCUCGCCACAACAAAAGACCUCGUCGACAGAUGCAUGGAUGUCUUUAACGACCUGAAUUCUUCGCUGGACGGGAAUCUCUCGUCUAACUCGAUAGUGGCAGGAUGGAAACAAAGGCUGAAGUUCCCUUUCUUGGAGGAGCAGAUUCAACUCUUGCGUACAAAUAUGGAAAGGCUGAAAAGCUCUCUGCUAAUCAUGCUUAACGUGCUCAUAUUUGCGGCGCAGGCGAGAAGAGAGUUGAUUGAGAUCCUAAUUGAGGAGAAGAAUGAUUCAGAGCGGAGGUAUCAGCAAGCACAACAAGCGAUUGGCGAGGCUUCUGCCAAACGGCCCGACAAGGAAGCAAAUGAAACGGUGACCGGGCACCCAUUGCCAUAUGGGACAGUGAACGCCGUUGUCAAUGCAGGGCCUCGACCGGUGACGGCCCUGGGCCAAAUCGACGCUUCGGAGACGAGAAGAACCCCACCGCCUUUUGGUCUCAGAUUUCGCCUCGAGGAAAUCCGAAAUCAUGGGAUAGCGAUCCGGACUCUGCUUACGGAAGUGAACUCUUUCAAUCGUGAAAUGAUAGGUUACGACUUCCGGGACAAGCUACAGCGUGGAAUUUUAGGGGCGCACUGGCAACAAUGGGCACCUUUGCGCGAAGUGUAUGGGGAGAAAGUCCUGAUGGAUGCCUUUUCGGAGCAGCCAGAAGUGGUAUGGCCCUGGCCGUCCUCCGCAUAUCUUUUCAACUUGCAUUGGGAAUAG